AUGUAUUGCGAAUCAUCUCUAAAUCGACAGGAACAGGAGCUGUUCAAGGAGUUGUUGAUGGAACAAUCCCAGCAGUUGGUAGUGCUGUUCAGUGUUGGUGGAGUUGUCCAAGGUGUUGCUGGCAUGGUUCCAGAACUUCCAAUUGGAGGAGCACAACAACCAGCUGAAUAA